GCCUCUAGACCUGGCGGAGCUGGGGGUGGGGGGCUAGUUUUUGCAACGGCUAAGGGCCUGUGGGUUUAUUAUAAGGCGGAGCUCGGCGGGAGAGGUGCGGGCCGGAUCCGAUCGGAGGGCAGAGGAAUCCGGCAGUAGAGAGCGGACUCCAGCCAGGGCACCCCGAAGCCCUCGCCUAGGACAGCAGAACGCUGGGCAGGCGCCCGAGGGAGCAUCGCGCAGCGCGACCCGCGGAGCCGGCUCGCAGCUCCGACCCGCGCAGCCCGCCGAGCUCCAGCCGCCUGUCCGGGCAGCAUGAAGCGCGCGGCGCUCUGCCUCUGGUUUUGCGUGCUGGCGCUGCGCCUGCAGCCGGCCCUCCCGCAAAUUAUGGCUACAAAUGUGCCCCCUGAAGAUCAGGAUGGUUCUGGGGAUGACUCUGACAACUUUUCCGGCUCAGGCGCAGGUGCUUUUCAAGACAGCACCUUGUCGCAGCAGACCGCCUCCACCUGGAAGGACAUGUGGCUUCUGACAACCACACCCAUGGCUCCCGAGCCCACUGGUCCAGAGGACAUGGACACCUCCACCUCCAUCGUGCUGACUGGAGGGGGGCCCGAGGAGGGAGAGGCUGUAGUCUUGGCAGCAGCGGAGCCUGGCCUCACUGCCCGGGAGCAGGAGGCCACCCUCCCACCCAGGGAGACCACGCAGCUCUCAACCACCCAUCGGGCCACAACAGCCAGAGCCACGACCGCUCAGGCACCUGCCACCUCCCACCCCCACAGAGACAUGCAGCCUGACCACCAUGAGACCUCAGCUCCCACAGGACCUGGCCAAGCCGACCCUCACAUUCCCAGCGUAGAGGAUGGAGGGUCUUUUGUCACCGAGAGGGCUGCUGAGGAUGGAGCCUCGAGUCAGCUCCCGGCAGGAGAGGGCUCAGGGGAGCAGGACUUCACCUUUGAGACUUCCGGGGAGAACACAGCCGUGGUGCCCAUGGAACAUGACCACCGGAAUCAGCCCCCCGUGGAUCAAGGGGCCACAGGGGCCUCGCAGGGCCUCCUGGACAGGAAGGAGGUGCUAGGAGGGGUCAUCGCUGGAGGCCUGGUGGGGCUCAUCUUCGCCGUGUGCCUGGUGGGCUUUGUGCUGUACCGCAUGAAGAAGAAGGACGAGGGCAGCUACUCCCUGGAGGAGCCGAAGCAAGCCAACGGCGGGGCCUACCAGAAGCCCACCAAGCAGGAGGAGUUCUACGCCUGACGGGGGCACUGUCCUCCCCCUCCCCCGCCACUCACUAGGCCCCCACUUUUCUCUUCCGUGAAGAACUGCAAGCCCUGGCCCCCUGUUACCAUGCCACCUCCCCAGCACUCAGCCCCGCUGGCUGCUCCCUGCCCACGGAGUCCUGGGGUGUGCGGGGAGCUUCACUCUGCUUCUCUGACUUCCGCCUGCAGACUUGGGGCGCAGAGGGUUUCUUGCAUAUGACCUUUCCACCACAGCCAGCGCCUGGAGUCGCACCGUUCUGACUCGGUUUCCCCAAACUGGAGCAGUGACUCCCCAGGCCCAGCUCUGGAGAGAAAGGGGACCCAACCACUUUGGACCUGUAGGGCCCUCUGUGGGUGGGGCCUUCGGGCUGACACUUCUAGAGCACUUACUGUAGAACCAACAGUCUGGGGGUCUUUGCCCACUGAGUGGCCGGGGAGAGUUCAGGGCUCCGUCAGCGCUCACGCUGUUUCGUGGGGAAGUCUAAUUUAGAUACCAACUUGUUUUUGCACAUGUUUCCUCUAGUUUCUUUGUUCAUAGCCCCUGUAGACUUUGUUACUUCUGAGGUAAGUUAAGUAAGUUGACUUGGUAUCCUCCACCUUGCUUCCCUAAUCUACGGUCGGGAGACAGCAUCAGGGUUAAGAAAAUUUUUUUUUUUUUUUAAACUAGGAGAACCAAAUCUGGAAGCCAAAAUGUAGGCUUAGUUUGUGUGUUGUCUCUGAGUUUAUCGCUCAUGUGUGCAACAGGGUAUGGACUCUGUCUGGUGGCCCCAUUUUUGGUGGCCUGUGGGCAAGCUGGCCAGUCCAGGCUGCCAUGGUGCUGCCCCUGCUUUUGAGCAGUCAUGCCUGUGACCUUGAGCUCACGGCCAUGCUGGGGCUGGUGCUGCCGUGACAUUGGAGGAGCCUGUGUGACGUGAAUGCUGGCAGCUCACACCUCGGAUGGAGGGAGGACCUUGGGGCCGGGGAGCGGGUGGCCGUGGCCCGGAGACUCUCUUGCAGACCUCGCCCCUCCUGCGUUUGGCGCCCUCCCGGGGGGGAUGCUUCCCCCUGGAAGUUGACAAGGGGCGUCUUGAGCACAGCUGACUCGGCACGCCUCCAUCAAGGACCAGGGUCACCCUUGGCUCCUGUGGCCCUGCCCUGGGCUGGAAUCAGGAACGUUUUCCAAAGAGUAAUAGUCUUUUGCUUUUGGCAAAACUCUACUGAAUCCAAUGGGUUUUUCCCUGUACAGUAGAUUUUCCAAAUGUAAUAAACUUUAAUAUAAGGUAGCCCUGUGAA